UGGCUACAGGAGCCCGAGUUUCAGAGAAUGUCGGCUUUGCGGCUAGCAGCCCUGAGCAACUGCUCUGCCGAGAGCGGAGGCGAGCCGGAAGCCAUGCUGGAUAUCCACCACCCAGGAACCGGUCUCGAGUCUCAUCACCAACAGUUUCACAACUCAUAUGCUGCACAGAUUCCACAACGCGGAGCAUGCAAGAGGAAAGACGAGAUGGCGAACCAGGCAGAACACCAACAGCCCGCCCCCAAGAAACCGCGCCUGGUUUUCACAGACCUUCAGCGCCGUACUCUACAGGCUAUUUUUAAAGAGACGAAGAGGCCGUCGAAAGAGAUGCAGGUGACAAUCGCUAGGCAGCUGGGCCUGGAGCCGACCACGGUCGGCAACUUCUUCAUGAACGCUCGACGCCGCUCCAUGGACAAGUGGAAGGACGAGGAUCCGAAGACCGUCGCGGUCGAGGAGGGGCAGCUAUCGCCCACGAUAGGUAUCGGGCAACGGCAACCAAGCGACGUUUUGUGACACACGUCCGACCACGAGGAGUACCACGACGAGUCGCCCGAGGAAGACCUCCCCUUCUCGUAAGGGGGUCGCGGAUUUCGCGCGCGACGCGGCGAUUAUCACCA